AUGUCAAUUCCCAGCUCGAAACCGAAGCUGCCCGUGGCGGUAGAAAAGCCAACGCCCUACACGUUCGAUCUUGGGCAUCUCUUGGCCGAGGACCCCAACGCCAUCACCUUGGAUCGCUCCGCCAUCGAGCAGUCUCUCGCCGAGAUCGCCCGCGAUGGCGCCCAAUCCCUCAUCAACCAGCUCCUCACCACCUGCCCUCUCAGUUCGACGACGGAUGGUGUCCUCCUGACCCUGCCUGCACCGACGACCCGGCUGCCGCGCGAGAAACCGGUGCCGGAGGCCAAGCCGCCGACGAAAUGGGAGCGCUUUGCCGCCAAGAAGGGCAUCAAGCCCAAGACGAGGGAGCAGCGCAAGAACCUCGCCUUCGACGAGGACAGCGGCGAGUGGAAGAGGAAGUGGGGCUACAAGGCCUUGAACAAGAAGGGCGACGAUGACUGGCUCGUCGCGGUCGACACGGAAAAGGAAGCGCAGCGGAAAGAAGGCACCUCCUAUCGUGGUGAUGGACGGAGGCAGAGGAAAGAAAACAUGAAGCGCAACGAGAGGAAGAUGAGGAAGAACGAGCGGGACGCGGCGGCCAAGAUGGGGAAGAAAUGA